GAUCAUCAUGAAUAAUCAAAAAGGUGUAGCUGUGCUACUGCAAGAGUGCAAGCAAGUGCUGGACCAGUUCUUGUUGGAGGCACCAGAUGUGUCAGAGGAGGACAAGAGCAAGGACCAGCAGUGCAGAGAUGACCACUGAGAAAUGAGUGGAUUUCUAGGGCAUGAAUGGGACAUGGGCUGCCAGCGGACGGGUGAGGAGGAAGCCCACUUUGUUGCAGUGAAUUGCUGUCAGUUCUAAUUUUAGGCUUCAGUAAACAUGAGGCUACAAGAAACAGUUUAGUUCAAGAAGAACAAAGGGUCCAAGUUGGCUGGUGCACGUAAAUUUCAAUUAUUAAAAAAUUGAAGCAACUUCUGAAUGGUGGCACGUACUUUUUUUCAAACUAAGAUUUUGUGCCUCAUCAGUUUCCAUAGACUUCUACAGUUUCCAUAAAUACGUCAUCUCGCCAGUCCAAUCUUUUUUUUUAAAUCAUGACACACUUCUCAUGCUAUUUCUCAUGCUAUAUGUGAAGUAUAUCCACUGAUAUCUAUAAACCAUGAUUGCACCAAUAUCAGAUUUUAAGAACUUCGCUUUUUGCUCAUUUCAUAAUUUGUGCCAUUCAUAGUUUUAGAUAAGUCAUUUUGGGGGAGGUUUCAAUCACCAAGUCUAGAAAGUUAAAGCAAUUCUUAUUUCUUUAGGCAGUUUGGGAGAGGCAACCCUCUUUUCUUUGAUGUCUUUUUAGCACUCUGAUAAUUUUUUUCUCCAUUUCUCUAAGUGUAUUCUUUUUACUUCUUUUUAAUAUUUUUCUUUGUAUUUUUAGUGCUUUGUCUUCCCUUCCAGAAAUAAGAUCUCCCAUAUAAAAUGUACAUUCCUCAUAUCCUUUGUGCUGUUGUUCAUUAUGUAAUGGGGAAAAGGUUUGGGGAGGUUUUCUUUCCCACGUUCCUGUACAUAGACACAGACGUUUUUAUGGGGGCAUUUUUAGGCACCUGUAGAAGUCCUAUUUGUAACCUGUCAUUUGUGCUCCUUUCUAGAUAACAGGAUGUAUAUCCAGUCUUUUCACAGCCUUAGUUCACGUGAUUUUCUUUCUUUACUAGCCAGCUACACCCAUGGGUAUUUUGCCUGUUAUUUACACAUGUGCGGGUCAGCCCAGGAUCUCUCUGGCACCUACAAGCUCGGGGCAGGGUACUGGGCACCCCAGAGCCUGCUCUGUUGCUGGUCCUGGUUCUCCCCGGGGUGGCGUCGUGGUGCUCUGUUGCUCCUCCUGAAGAGGGUUUUCUCUUGUCCUUUUGGUCCACGGGGACUUUUGUCUCCUCAGCCCAAAUUCCUUUAAGCUGGUGUUCUCCCUAGGGAAGACUCUGAACGCCCUAAUCGGGUAGCAUUUUCUUCUUUUUUUCUAACCAAACGCCACAGAAGAGGAGAAAUAAUCAGUUUAGUUCCAGAUAAGGCAAAUCACGGCUGUAAAAUCACUAAAUUAGACGCGGCCCCUCAGGUAGGCUGCUGCGGGAAGGGAGUGAUCAGAGGGGAGAGGUGGCUACUGCUCUGUCGGGGGGUGACUGCCCAGGGUUGGCUGAAUCCGAUAAGCCGACGGGGAGGAAACCUACGCAGAGCAGCCACCGCCAGCCCGGUCGUGCUAACUGAUCACUGCGGUGCGGGUGCGUUCCGCGAGGCGCGGGGAUGGUGGGCUCGCUGGACGCGGGCGGAUCGCAGAACCCUUCCGUCGGCAGGUGGUUUCCGAGCAGCCAGCGAUGUCGUCAUCUCGCGUGUGCACAGGGUCAUGUCGUCAGCUCGCGUGUGCACAGGGUCAUGUCAUCAGCUCGCGUGUGCACAGGGUCACGUCUGGCGCGGAGCAGCCUGGGGACUCUGGAACACAGACACUGUAGUUUUUAUUCUUUUCUCUCCUCCUCUCAAUCCCACCCCUUUCCCUCAGAAAUUGUCCUUGUCAUCCUGGGUGACUAAACCUAACAACUCCCCCAGAGAUGCAAAAGGAACUGAAAUCCAGACAGGGAUGCUUUUUAACGACGAUUUUAGAGGCAUCUUUCAUUUCAUGUCCUCCUUUGGACUCUCCAUGUCCUGAUGUGAUCCUUAGGGAAAGUGUGGUGUGAAGGAGGCAAGAGUGUUAUAAAGAAUAGUUUUUCUUCAUUAUUAGGAAAACAUUUGACAAUGUUUAAACCAUCUGUUCCCAAAUGUGGUAACAGUCUGUGAACCCAGAAAUCACAUUUUUGUUGUCAUUUGACUGCCUGCGUUCUCUCAUAGAUAGACUGUCCACAUAAUUUACUAGGGAAAUUGGGAACUUUUGAGAGUGAAAGGAAUGCUUUUCCUUCCUCAUUAAGUAUGCCAGGACAACUGACAGAAACCAGAACUGUCCAAGGCAAAAGGACUGAGUGGUUUUCCUAUUCACGUAUUAUUAAGAAACAUCCUUUAAGAAAUUUUCUCCAUUUGAAACAUGGCGUCCAUUAGAAACGUUUCAGAAGUUGAAACUAUGUCUGUGGUGGCAAGAGGACCAGGCUUUCCAGGAGCAUGUGACCACACAGUGCCCCACUCCCAUGGCUCUGCUGUUGUUGGGGGAGUGCCGCCACAUAGGAGGUGCUCAGAAUGUUCUGGGUGGCUGGAUGAGAGUGGGGAGGGCAAUGAUUUCAGUGUGAUACUUGUAAGUCAUCCUCAGUGAUCAAUCCAGAUCAUUCAGUGGCACGGCCCAUCUGAUAUUCCCUCAGUGCCAAGCAGUCCUUCCCCACCUUGUUGCUGGAGACUGCCUUACAUUUGCCCAGUUGGUGGCAAGUCCGCAAAAAAAUCCUCAUGCACCGUGCACAGGUCUCUUCUUUUUAUAGCUCGCUGUCUCUCCUAUCUCUUGUUUUACUUAGAAUGUUUCAUGCAGAAAUAAAAUGAAAUCUUUUUUUUAGCCAUCACAGUGUGAUUUAUAAAAGGGUUGAGACAUGAUGCCUGAAAUCAGAGUCCUGUGAGGGAGACAGAUGUGGUUACAGAGCAGCGAGAUGAAUGCUGAAAGGAGCUGACACCUGAGGGUUUGGGAGCACUCAGGAGAGGCCUCUCAGUUCAGUGCACUGGUUUGCUCACAGCAGGCUGACGGGUGGCAAUGUUGACAUUGAAUGCUGAAGUCAGUGGACCUGAGUUUGAUCAUGAAGGGUCUGGGGGAAGAGCAAUCCAGACAGUGAGAGCAGAAUGUGCCAAACUCUUCAAGAUUGUUUCUAGGACAAGGCCUGAGCCUUGUUGUGUUUUAGAAAAAGUGGGGAUCAAUAAUGUGGAAGAAGGAGUGGAGGGGACAACAUUGGAUGCAGUUGUUUGGGCAAGAAAUUACUGAUAAUGAAGAGGAGGAACUGGACUUUAGGAUAUACAGUAUUUGAUAAACAGAUGUGGGGAGUGAGAAAGAGCAAAAUGUAUAUAGACUGACUCCUGAUUUCAGAUUUGGGUGACUCACUGGAUGGUGGUGUCAUUCAUGAAAAUAGGGAAUACAGGGGAAAAAAACAAAUUUAGAGAAACAGUGAUACAUAGAGUUUUAGAUAUGUUGUGUUAAGUUUGAGAUGCCUGCCAAACAAAUAUCUGGAGAUUUAUAGCUGGCAGUCUUAUAUACAGGUCUACAAUCCCUUAUACAAAACCCUGGGGCCAUAUGUAUUUCAGAAUUCAGAGUUUGUCAAAUGUUUGGAAAAUACGUAGUACAUGCUAGUACAUGUACCUUAUGUUACAUUCAGUUCACUCCAGCAGAGUCUGGAGCAGCACUAUAUCAAAUACAUUAAAAUUUUCGCAGCAAACCCUUCAAAUGAUCACACUAGGUAUGAUAAGUAAGACAGUAAAUAGUCUCUAGUCAAUUCAAGUCUGGUUUUGAUACUAAACUUAAGAAAAAACUUUCAGUUUGCGGAGCUUUUGGGGUUUCUAAAAUUUAAAUAGAGGAUUAUAGGCCUGUAUAAGCAUGUCUGGUGCUAAAAAGAGGUCUAACAUAUUUACUAAUGGGAAAUAGGGCUGUUUCCAUAAUUAAUUAGUACUAUUUCAAAUCUCAUUUGUGUUUUUCUUAUUCAUUUUCUCUGUCCAAAUGUGGUCCAUGGGGAAAGUGUGAAAUGAGGUGAGGUCUUGCAGGAACAACAACAAAAAAGGACUAUACAAAUUGACUCUGCAUUGUCCAGCUGCUGCCAAUCCAAAAUGCCAUUCCAUCCCAGUCCCUUUCUCAUUUUACAGGGAAAAUAAUAUUUCCUUCAUUCUUUUCUCUGAUUCUUCAUGCAGAGACAGUCACUGAAGUGCUUUACUUCCUGCUAAAAACCCUUUUUAAUGCCUGACUACCCCAAUUUACCUGUAGGGCAAAGUAGAACAGGGCCACCCCUGACAGAUAGCUUCUCGCUAUUAUUCUUUGAGUCAGAACCAAUGCUUAGACCAGCCAGCAAGAGGCAGGGAAUUUUUUUUUUGCAGCCGAGGUACUUCAUCAUAACAUUGGAUGCUCAACAGCCUUUUCUCUGACUGCAAUUUCCUUACCUGAACUCUGACCUUUUCAGCUUCACUCCCCAGCGAGUUAAGGACCCUGAUCCAGGAGGCAAAGGAAAUGAAGUGGCCCUUCGUGCCUGAGAAGUGGCAGUACAAACAAGCCGUGGGCCCAGAGGACAAAACAAACCUGCAGGAUGUGAUUGGCGCCGGGUUGCAGCCGUUACUGGCGUGCUUGAAAGCCUCCAUCCUCACUCAGGACUGUGCGACCGCUGCUGCUAUUGUGUUCUUAAUGGACCGGUUCUUGUAUGGGCUCGAUGUCUCCAGCAAACUCCUACAGGUCGCCAAAGGUCUCCACAAGUUGCAGCCAGCAACGCCAAUUGCCCCCCAGGUGGUUAUUCGCCAAGCCCGCAUCUCGGUCAACGCAGGGAAACUUUUAAAGGCAGAAUAUAUCCUGAGCAGUCUAAUAAGCAACAACGGUGCAACAGGUACCUGGCUGUACAGAAAUGAAAGUGACAAGGUCCUGGUGCAGUCAGUCUGUAUACAGAUCAGAGGGCAAAUUCUGCAAAAGCUAGGGAUGUGGUAUGAAGCUGCAGAGUUAGUAUGGGCUUCGAUUGUAGGAUACAUGACACUUCCUCAGCCAGAUAAAAAGGGUAUUGCCACAUCACUAGGUAUACUGGCUGAUAUCUUUAUUUCCAUGAGCAAGAAAGAUUAUGAAAUAUUUAAAAACAAUCCACAAAUUAACUUGGGCCUCCUGAAGGAGUUUGGCCACCAUUUGCUGUCAGCUGCAGAAGCCUGCAAGCUGGCAGCCGCCCUCACUCCCUACACGCCCCUCUUCGUGCUCACCGCUGUGAAUAUUCGUGGCACCUGUUUACUAUCCUACAGUAGUUCUAGUGACUGUCCUCCAGGAAUGAAAAAUUCAUAUCUCUGUGAAGCCAAAGAGGCCUUUGAAAUUGGCCUCCUCACUAAAAGACAUGAUGAACCAGUUACUGGAAAACAGGAGCUUCAUAGUUUCAUCAAAGCUGCUUUCUGUCUCACCACAGUACACCGAAGACUCCACGGAGAAACAGAGGCUGUCCGUGCAGCAAGUCAGCUCUGUAGUGAAGCUAUGGGAAAGCUGUACACUUUCAGUACUUCAUCUGAGAGUCAGGGCAAAGAAACUCUGUCACAGGAAAUCAUGUCUGUUAUCACCCAAGUGAAAGAUCAUUUACAAAUUCAAAGCUUCUCCAAUGUAGAUGGUAGAUCUUAUGUUCCAGAAAGUUUCAAGUGCCAGUUGGAUAAACCCAUCUUGCAUGGACAAGUGGAUUUCCAAAAAAUCCUUGAAACCUAUUCACAGCACCAUAGUUCAGUGUGUGAAGUAUUUGAAAGCACCUGUAGGAACAACAAAAAUAAACAGCAAGAUACAAAAAUAGGAGUCUGUGUCACUGCUCUAAAAACAGAAACAAAAAACAUAGAUACUGAGAGUACUACUGAAGACAAACAAUUUAUUCAAAAAGGCUUAGGAAUAUCUCCCUCCCAAAUGGCCAAGAAUGGUCAGGAGAAACCCAGGGGAGUAGGAAGGAGAAACUGGACCCAUUCUGAUGCGUUUCGAAUCUCACUGGAUCAGGAUAUGGAGACUGAGACUGAGCCACCAGUCCCCAGCAAUGGUGGGGGAGCUGUUUUGAACAAGUCUCUGAAUGACAGCCAGGGUUCCGGUUCUUGGAGCAAGUUAUCAGGGUUUAGUUCUUCUGCAAGUUGGGAGGAAGUGAAUUAUCCUGUUGAUGAGAGGUCAGCCAGAAAAGAGCCUAGCAAAGACUAUCUUGUGGACACUCAGUGUUCCACUGCCCUAUCUGAAGAACCGGAGAACAAAGGGAAAAGCAAUGUUGUCCAGUCGUUGUCUUCAGAGCUUCAUGAUCUCUCUCUCCGAGUGUCUAAGCAUGACAAUUUGGAGUCUUCUCAAAGUCCACAAUGCAAACACGUGCCCAUGACAACCAUCACUCAUAACACAACAGGCACUUUCUUGGCUUCUAGUGUAGGAUUGUUAGAAUUAGCUGCAGAGGACAUUCAGGAAGUUAGAAAUAUGGAACCCAGAAAUACUUCCACUCAUUCCAAACCCUCGUGUGGCUCUGCUUCUUGGUCUUCUUCUGAAGCCUUUGAAGUAAUUGAUGUGUUUUCAGAAACCAACUGCAAUGCCAAAGACAGUCAUGGGGAAGAGAAGGGAGAGGAAACUGAUAAAAGAGGCACAGUCUCAGCAUUUAAAGAUAGCCCUUCUUGGGUUGACCCAGAAGGAGAAACAGCAGAAAACACAGAGGAUGUGCCCUUAAACUCUCCUAGAGUCAUUGGUGGUUCUCUGGGCAAUGGUUCCAUGACAACAGGUAGCUCUGUCACUCCACAUUGGCCUGGUCAAAAUCCUGACCCGGGGAAAUGUAAUGACUCAGUCAAAAAGAUGGGCAUUAACCCUGACACUCCUUCAAUGGAUGAGGUUAGCCAACUGCUCAACAGCACAAGUGUUCAUUCCACAAAUAGACAUGGCUCUCUUAGACUGUGUGUUCCAAGGCAACCACUGCAUCAAAAGGCUGAGACCUCCAAUUCCUCUACAAGCAAUAAGGUUCCUUUCCCUGUCCUCAGUGAGGACUGCACUACCACAGAGGAAAGAAAUGAACCUGGAAACCUGCUAAACUACAGCCAGAACUCCAGUUCUUCUUCGGCCUGGUGGUGUAAAGCACCAUUUUCCAGUGGUUCUUCUGAGGGGGAAAACCCAUGGUCCUUCCUGAAUUCCAGUGGAAGUUCUUUUGUUUCAUUCCCAGGAAAGACGAGGCAAGAGAUUGUUGAGGCUCGCACCCUGGAGCCUGAUGACUUUGAAAAACUCUUGGCAGGAGUGGAGCAUGAUUGGCUCUUUCAGAGACUGGAGAAUAUGGGAGUUUUUAAGCCCAGUCAACUUCACCGAGCACACAAUGCUCUUUUGUUAAAAUAUUCCAAGAAAUCUGAAUUGUGGACAGCCCAGGAAACUGCAGUGUAUUUGGGAGACUACCUGAAAGUGACAAAGAAAGGCAGACAAAGAAACGCUUUUUGGGUUCACCAUCUUCAUCAGGAAGAAACUCUGGGGAGAUAUGUUGGGAAAGAAUAUAAGGAGCAGAAGGGGCUCUGGAACCACUUCAUUGAUGUGGAGCGGCAGAUGACUGCACAGUACUACGUGACAGAAUUUAACAAGAGGCUCUAUGAUCAAAAGAUUCCAACACAGAUAUUCUAUAUCCCAUCCACAAUAUUACUGAUUUUAGAGGGCAAGAUAAUAAAGGGGUGCGUCAGCGUGGAGCCUUAUAUGCUGGGAGAAUUUGUAAAAUUAUCAAAUAACACAAAAGUGGUAAAAGCAGAAUACAAAGCCACAGAAUAUGGGUUGGCUUAUGGCCAUUUUUCUUAUGAGUUUUCCAAACAUAGAGAUGUUGUGGUCGAUUUACAAGGUUGGGUGACUGGUAAUGGAAAAGGGCUCAUCUACCUCACAGAUCCCCAGAUUCAUUCUGUUGAUCAGAAAAAUGUCACUACCAAUUUUGGAAAGAGAGGAAUUUCUUAUUUCUUUAAUAACCAGCAUGUGACAUGUAAUGAAAUAUGUCAUCGUCUUUCUUUGACUAGACCUUCAACAGAAAAACUAAAUAAGUCAUAGACCAUCUGGGUUGGUAAUGUGAUAGACCUUAGUGCUGCUCAGCAAUAUCUAGUUCUUCUCUCUAUCCAGGCACACAGUGUAUGCGUAGCCUGGUCUAUUUGGGUUUGGGUGGAACCAGGUAACUAGUUCUGGUCAAUGACUUGUCAGAGGAAUUGAUGAGUGUCGCUUCCAAGCCCAUAUGUAAUUGCUGGUGUCAGACCCUGCAGUCUGUUUCCUUCUGCUGCAAUUACUAGGAAUGCUUCUGGAGGGAGCUGCUCAUCAGCCUAAGUCCUGCGGUGAAGGCAACAUGGAAAAGAGACCCAACUAAUAUCCUAUGGACACAAAACAUAGCUGAGAAAUUAUGCUGUUUAAGUCAUUGAGAUUUUGGAACUUUUUGUCACUAUGUAUCAAGACUAUUACUAUUAGUCUUUUUCUUAUUGAUUUAGAUGAAUUUUAUAUAUUAAAAAAUUCAGACCUUUGUGAUAUUAAUUGCAAA